CGUGUGAAGGUUUUGUUUGUGGACGUAUAUCGAUGUGGAAAGAAUGUGAUUCUAAUGAAUACUGCUAUAUGUGUCGUUGUGUGAGUGAGUGACUGAAUAUGAGUAGUGUACUAUACUAUCACAGACUCUUGUUGAGUUUUGGUUCUUUUAUUUCUUCACUCGUAUACAUAAUAAUAGUAAUAGUAUAAAGAAAGAAAAAGAGAGAAAAAAAAGAGGUUCAUGAAGAUGGAGAUGAAGCAUGGAACUGAAACUGUGGUGGUUAAUAAUGGUAAUUUUGUGGAAGAAGAAGAAGAACGUAAAUUCUCACAUCUUCUUGCUUCAAAGGAUCGUGAUUUUCUUCUAUCACCAACUGGAGCUCAGGUAAAAGUUUCAGAACUUGAAGGAAAAGUAGUGGGACUAUUAUUCGCUGCCAACUGGUACCCACCAUGCCGUGGAUUCACCCAAUUGCUCAUUGGAAUAUACCAACAACUCAAAACAAACAUCCCUCACUUUGAAAUAGUCUAUGUAUCUUCUGAUGAAGACUUAGAUGCUUUUAAUGGAUUCUACCAAACCAUGCCAUGGCUUGCUGUUCCUUUCUCUGAUUUAGAAACAAAGAAAGCGUUGAACCGAAAAUACGACGUCGAAGGUAUUCCAUGUUUGGUUAUGUUGCAACCUGAUGAUAGUAAAGGCGAAGCAACACUUCGUGAUGGUGUCGAGCUUGUUUAUCGAUAUGGUGUUCAAGCUUUUCCGUUUAGUAAAGAGAGGUUGGAGGAAUUGCAUGAGGCUGAGAGAGAGAAGCUUGAGAAUCAGACUCUAGCUAAUUUGCUAGGAAAUAAUCAUAGAGAUUAUGUUUUGAGUCAUACAAAUGGAUUACUCACACAGGUACCUGUUGCUUCUUUAGUAGGCAAAACUAUUGGACUAUACUUCUCAGCUGGAUGGUGUGUCCCAUGCACCAAAUUCACUCCCAAAUUGAUAUCUGUUUAUCAGAAAAUCAAGCAAGAGAUAGCUAAGAAAGAAGAUAAUGAAGAAGGUUUCGAAAUUGUGCUUGCAUCGAACGAUCGCGACCAAGAAUCUUUCGACUCUUACUACAACAUCAUGCCUUGGUUAGCAUUACCUUUUGGUGACCCAGAGAUAAAGAACCUUGCAAGACAUUUUGACAUACAAGGGAUACCUUGUUUGGUAAUUAUAGGUCCUAAUGGUAAAACAAUAACAAUACAUGGAAGAAACUUGAUAAAUUUGUACCAAGAAAAUGCUUACCCUUUCACUGCUACCAAAGUGGAGCAGCUAGAGAAACAGCUUGAAGAAGAGGCUAAGGAUCUACCAAAUUUGGUGCAUCAUGAAGGGCACCAUCAUGGACUUAAUUUAGUGUCUGAUGGAAAUGGUGGAGGACCCUUUAUUUGUUGUGUUUGUGAUGAACAAGGGUCCAAUUGGGCUUAUCAGUGUCUUCAAUGUGGCUAUGAAGUGCACCCAAAGUGUGUCACAACUGUGCAUGGGACGUGACAAAUUAAAGAUGUUUGUGAGAAUCAAUUACCUAAUGUAGACAAGGGGUUGGAAUUCCCUUCACAUUCAAUUAGGUGGUUACAUAUUUAAUGGCUUUCUACUUGUUAUAUGACUAAAAGAAAAUGUGUGUGACAAAUUAUUGAAAGGGAAAGGAGACUAAAAAAUUACAUUUA